UAGCAACUAACUUCUUUUUAAUUAUUGUGGCCAGAAACACCAGAUGAAAAUGGUAAAACCCAGAGAGCUGAUGAUUUUGUCUUGAAGAAAAUAAAGAAGAAAAAGAAAAAGAAACACCGAGAAGACAUGCGAGGAAGACGUCUUAAGAUGUACAAUAAGGAAGUACAAACCGUCUGCGCUGGCCUGACCCGCAUCAGUAAGGAAAUCCUCACCCAAGGACAGAUAAAUAGCACUUCAGGAGUUGAUAAGGAGUCCUUCAGGUAUCUGAAAGAUGAACAACUGUGCCGAUUAAAUUUGGGCAUGCAAGAAUAUCGGGUACCCCAGGGAGUACAAACACCUUUUAUGACUCACCAGGAACAUUCUAUUCGUAGGAAUUUUUUAAAAACAGGUACUAAAUUUAGCAACUUUAUUCAUGAGGAACACCAGCCCAAUGGUGGUGCUCUUGUCCUUCAUGCCUACAUGGAUGAACUCUCAUUUUUGUCUCCAAUGGAGAUGGAGAGAUUUUCUGAGGAGUUUCUUGCUUUGACAUUCAGUGAAAAUGAGAAAAAUGCUGCUUACUAUGCUUUAGCAAUAGUGCAUGGAGCGGCUGCUUAUCUCCCAGACUUCUUGGAUUACUUUGCUUUUAAUUUCCCCAACACUCCAGUGAAAAUGGAAAUUCUGGGCAAGAAAGAUAUCGAAACAACCACCAUUUCAAAUUUUCACACUCAGGUCAACAGGACAUACUGCUGUGGCACCUACCGAGCAGGUCCUAUGCGGCAGAUCAGUCUUGUUGGAGCAGUAGAUGAAGAAGUUGGUGAUUAUUUCCCAGAGUUCCUUGAUAUGUUAGAAGAGUCACCAUUUCUGAAAAUGACUUUGCCCUGGGGUACACUUUCCAGCCUCCGACUCCAGUGUAGGUCCCAGAGUGAUGAUGGGCCUAUCAUGUGGGUAAGGCCAGGAGAGCAGAUGAUCCCUACAGCGGACAUGCCAAAGUCACCCUUUAAAAGACGACGAUCAAUGAAUGAAAUAAAAAAUCUCCAGUACCUACCUCGGACCAGUGAACCCCGUGAGGUCCUCUUUGAAGACAGGACAAGAGCGCAUGCUGACCACGUGGGCCAAGGGUUUGACUGGCAGAGUACGGCUGCUGUUGGGGUUCUGAAAGCUGUACAGUUUGGGGAAUGGAGUGACCAACCUCGCAUAACCAAAGAUGUGAUUUGUUUUCAUGCUGAGGAUUUUACUGAUGUUGUGCAGAGACUUCAGUUAGACCUUCAUGAACCUCCAGUUUCCCAGUGUGUUCAGUGGGUUGAUGAAGCUAAACUAAACCAAAUGAGGCGGGAAGGCAUUCGUUAUGCUAGAAUUCAGCUGUGCGACAAUGACAUCUACUUCAUCCCUAGAAAUGUCAUUCAUCAGUUCAAAACAGUGUCCGCAGUGUGCAGUUUGGCCUGGCAUAUAAGGCUUAAACAGUACCACCCUGUUGUGGAAGCUACUCAAAACUCAGAGAGUAGUUCUAACAUGGACUGUGAUUUAACUGGAAAGCGAGAGCUCGAAGUUGAUGCCCAGUGUGUGAGGAUAAAAACUGAACCUGAAGAAACACGCACAGAGAUGCAACUUUUGACAACUGCUCCAUCGUCCUUCCCACCUUCAUCAGAACUUAAUCUGCAGCAAGAUCAGAUGACCCCACCUAUUCCUGUGUUCAAGGUGGAAAGUAGACUGGACUCUGACCAGCAGCACGGUCUGCAGGAACACUCAAGCACUCCUGUGUGAUAUGUACAUAUUCAAACACAUUUUUUAACUUUUUUAAAUUUUGAUGUGAAGUUAUAGUUUUAUAACUGGCUUAAGUUAAGUUUUAUUGGAGAAAUCUUGCCUAUAAUUCUAUAAAGAGAAAUGACAUUCCACAAAUGUCAAGCAUAUCUUUUUUACACAGAUUAUGCAAAGUUAAGAGUUGUAUCUUAUCCCGUUAGUACAGUAUGUAAUAGUGGGUCUGCUGCUACUUCCUGUUUUAAGGUGUGAGGUAACAAUUCAAUCUCUUCUUCAAAUCAAAAUGAGAAUUCUCUGGAAUAACAGAUUCUUAUUUGGUAAUUAUUCACUUCCCUGAAUUUUAUCUUGCCCUGACUCUUGCCGUAUUUGCUGUUUUUAUGAUAGAUCAGAUCAUUUAUGGUUUAAUACUCAUGUCUUUAUGGCAUGGAUUCAUUUUCUUCAGUAAAAAUGGCAUAUGUUGCAGGAAAGAGUUCUUGCAGAGUUGGGCAAGGUAAGUUAUUUAGUUUCAAACAUAAAGAACAAGUAGUUUCCAAGGAAAAUUCAGUGGCUCUCGGUUUCUUAACAGAAGAGAAAGCACAGCACUUUCUGAUCCAAACUGUCUUUUUUUGUAUCUGUUAUUUAAAAUCCAGUGGAUAUUUCAAUUAAAAAUAUCUAAAGAUAAAUAGUCCUUGUUCAUUCAUUACCCAUGGUUCAUUAAUCUCUUGUAGAAUACCUGGUAACUGUGGAAGAUAUUUUGGGUAAAAGAGACAGUGUUGACAUGAUGCUCUCUUCUGCUUCCUAGCAUCCUCACAUUUUGUGUGGAUACUUCUGCUUCCUAAGCUGAGUCUGAGUAUCAUACUUGAGACUGAUACAGGUCUUGCUGAUGAGGCUGCCCUAUUUUGUGCAUGAAACUUAGGAAAAACUAUUUUAGUCACCUGGCAUUGAUCUCUUCAUGAAAAAAAUUCGGUUGAGACUUUAGUUUAAUAGUUUUGACUGGUGAAUACCUGGGUUGAUUGCUGUUACUCUGUUGCCACUCUCAGAAAAUGUGGCACCCCCCCCUAGAGUUUCUGGUGGCCUCACGCUUAGUGCCAGAGGACUAUUUUUUUUUUUAAUAGACACAGUUCAUAUAGCCAGUGUAAUCUUAACUUUCUAUUAUUUUAGAAUGUUAAUGUGAUACAUUUUCACUUUCUCUUAAUAAUAAAGCUUUUUUUUCAUUAAAGGAAGAGUAUUCCCCACACCUAAGACCAGAUUCUUGUAUCUACCUGGUUAUAGUGCAAUUCGGAGAUUUUUUUUUUUCCUGGAGGGUGAGAUUUGGAAUAUUUACAUUAACAUAGGCAAAAAAAAAAAUAAUAAGAUGCUGCUUCAUUAUGUGUGUCACCACAAAAAACCUUAGCUGCAUCUUUCAAAAUAUCAAAUAUGAAUUUUCUCUAAAAUAUUCUGAAAUAGGUUAAAUCUUAUAUAAAUAUUACUUUGUGCAAUAUUGUUGUGUAGUUAAAUGCAUAUUAGCAAAGUAUAGAGGUCACUGUGUAAACCGAUAGAGAAGUAACCAUCAGCAAAUACUGCAGUGAUUAGUUAGAAUCUGUAUUAUUCCUUAUAUAUAUGUAUAUGUAUGUAUUCUCUGUUACAAAGGAUGAAAACAAUUAAGAGAAACAUUUCAAUGUAAACCAUUUAUGAAUUGGAAGUGAUGUUGGCUUUAGUUAUCUUUGUAAAUAAGGUAAUUAGAAUGGUAUGAAAGUAAUGUGAUUAUAGCAGGGGUGUUUUUAAAUGUUGGGUAUAAAUUCUAGUUUAUCAAGACUAAUUUUUAAGGGAGCUACCUGCCUUUGAGGGUGAUUUUUGUUAUUUUGGGAGGGAGGGGGUUAAUCACAAAGGGUAAGGGUUUAGGUUAUUUCUUGUUUUUGUUUUUUUUGUCCGGAAGAAUUUCAUAGAGCUUUACUAGGCUGUACAAAGUAAAAUUCUUCUCAGGCAACAUUUGCUUUUUAAAAUAAUCAUGAACAGGAUUGUUAAAGCAAAAACUUUUUUUAUUUUUAUUUUCCUUGUCUUGUCUUCCAAGAUCCGAUUUCCCCAUCUCCCACUUGCCAUCCAGCAGAUGCCAUCUGUCAUCUAAGCUGGUCACUGCUAACCAACAAGGAGACUGUCUCCUGACAGCCAGCACUGUGUAUAAUCACUCAGGAACCAGCGGAUCUGCAAAGACCUACAAUCAAAAACAAACCCCCCAUUUCCUUUUUAUAAAAUAUACUACCCUCGCCUCCAAUAUAAACACAUUAAAAGAGUAUAAAAUGUUUAAAAUCAUGUACUAACGAAUUCAUUGUAUAUUAGAAUUGCAAUAGAAUGGAGAGAGAAACAUUUAGCUAGUAAUGUAUCUGGAAACUCUGAAUGUCCUAUGUGAGUAUUAGAUUUUAAUAGCAUGCUUUAAAGACUGACGAAUAUAAAAGCAGAAGUUUUGAGUUUCUUACUGCAUUCAAAGCUGUAUCCCAGUUUAGUGAUACAAUUGAUUGCAACUUUUCUAAAUCAUUAAAUUAUUUGGUUUGGUGGAGUGAGGCAUGGAGCAAUCGGGUGUCUUUUGAUUUGUAAAGUAGUGACUGCAGUGAAGUUGUAACUGAAAUUUAAGCUGACCUUCCUUUUUGGUAUAUUAUCCAUUGUGCCAACUCUGAGAUUACUUGCAGACUGUGGCUAUACGUUUUAGUAAUUUAUAAGUUUUAUAAGAGGGACAUUUUUAAAAUGUGCUUAUGGAAAGGACCCAGUAAAUGAAUAUCUCUAACUUAGUCACUAGAAUGAUUUUGUCUUCAUUAACAAGGAUAUAGAUGUCUUCCCCCAUUCCUAGAAGUCAUUCUGUAAUUACCAAGAUAUGCUAGGAGUAAGAUUAUGAUUCAAGGAAGUAACCCAGUUCACAAAGCAAUAAUAAAAAGCUACAUAUUAGUUUUCUCCUCCAAAGUUUAAACUCUUUAAAAUGAAUUCUACACUUAAUUCUACUUUAAUUUGUUCCAUAUUUAUAAUUUGUUUUAUUAGUACCUUAUCACAAGGCUUUUGAAAGGUGACCUUUCUCCUUAGAGGGAGUUGGAAUAUCAGUUGAUUUAAGAUUACACUCUUGUAGGGGGAAAAUGCGCGUAUUAAAUAGAAUUCUUUACUAAACCUUAGGCAAAAAGCUAUCAGUUUUAACAGGUAUAAAGUUAAAACUUAACGACUGGAGAAACAUUUGCUUAUUAUUUUCCCUUUCAUAAUACUAAAAAGCUAACUUGGGAACAAGAUUCCAAAAUUCAGGAAAAUCUUCAAUGAAUAUAUUCUUCACUAAUGAGCCCAUUUCCAUCUGUAUUUGCCAUUAAAAUUUACAUCUAUACCUUUUAAGAUAAUUGAGUUUGUGUCUUUCUAAUCUGUUUUAUCAUUGCUACAGGUUUUUAAGGAACCUUUCAAUAGUACAUGCUAGAGAUUCUUAUUUUCAAUUUUCUGUUUUAAACAGGUUUAGUUAUAUUCAUUGGUUAUGCAGUAAGAGGAAAUGUAAAAGACAGAUGUUUUUCUUUAGCACAUAAGGGACCUAUCCACAUCCUGAAAGUUUGUUGCUUUAAAAGCAAGUAUCUCUCCAUAAAUAUUACGGCCUUCCAUUUUCUUCAUACAUUUUUUAGGAUCCACUUGUGCAUGUAGUUGAGACCACUGUCUCUUAAUAUAGCACUUUUCAAUUUCUCUAAAGAAAUACUUAUGUACUAAUUCUAUCACAUGUUGUAAAUUUUCAUGUAAUAGUGUUUUCUGUGAUUAAACUCCAUUUUGAUUGGCAGCUAAGAUUUUUUUUCCUGUGGCUUUAAUUUAUCUAAGAGGUCUUUGCAUAUAGAUGAAAUGUAUAAUUUGCCUGGCGGACUAUUUGCGUUAUGUGGCCUUAGUUUAUUGACAUUGAGUGUUUUAAAAAGGUUUUAAAUGAAUAGUCUUAAAUCUAAAUUUGUGUGAAUAAUAAUCCUUUUAACAGUGCUUUUUUGUAGCUGUCUAAGUGUGUUAAAUUGUUAAGCUAUUUCUUUGUAAAAUAGGACAAUGGAAUGCAUAGAGGUUUUUUUUUUCCUGUAAAGUAUUUUUUUAAUAAACAAAGUCUGAUUUGUCCUUUA